AUGAAGUUUGUCAACGCCCUCGCCCUUGUCAUGGCCGCUUCUGGCGCCACUGCCUUUGCUCCUUCCUUCUCGGCCAAGAAGCACACUGCCCUCAAUGCUGCGCUUAUGCAAGAUCAAACGGGACAAUCCUCUUUGGAUCCUGCAGUCAUUGCAAAAUAUGCUGACCUUCCAUUCCCUAAAGACUGUAUCCUUGCUGAGUAUGUGUGGGUGGAUGCUGUUGGAAACACUCGCUCCAAGACCCGAACUCUUGAUGCCUCCAAGGCAAAAUCUGUCGACUCUUUGCCCAAGUGGAACUUUGAUGGAUCCUCCACCGACCAGGCUCCUGGAGAUGACUCUGAGGUUAUCCUUCGUCCUUGCCGCAUCUUCAAAGAUCCUUUCCGCCCUCGAUCCGAUGGCGUUGACAAUAUUUUGGUCAUGUGCGACACUUACACUCCCCAGGGAGAACCAAUUCCAUCCAACACACGUGCCAAGGGUAGUUUUUUUGUUUGUUUUGUGUUUUCGGUCAAAAUGCCCGGAUUUUUAAAUGUGUCUUGCUCACCCUUGAUGGCCUUUUAA